UGAACAGCCCACUUCAGAAGCGGCUCUUUAAGAAGGACAACUCUAGAGUCUCUCCACCAGCUGCAGUGGCCAUUGGCAGCAUUGCAGCUGCGUCAGCUGCUGAAGAAAAGGAAACAGAUACGACUUUGAAGGAGGCAAAAGUCAAGGCUGAAAAGAAAGUGAAGGACGACUCGAAGAAGGAUCGGUUUGUUUGGACAAUUAAGGAAGAUAGAGCGUACUCGCAAUAUCUUCACGAGCGUAUCCGACAGAACAACGCCUCUCUUCCAUACACGGCAUCCUCUCCCUUCUUUGAAAAGGCUGUGGCAGAUCUCCUUCAAGAUAGUGUCCUGGCAGCAAAAGUGAAUGCUUAUGAGGAAGCAUGCCCAGGAGGCAAAGACAAAGUCAAGUGGGUGGGUCAAAAGCUCGGAGACAAGUACAAGUCAUAUGAAAGGAGGUUCAAGGCGCUGGAGGCUAAGCUGAACAAGUCAGGGAACGGUGUGGGAUUUGAGGACGAAGACGACGUGUGCGAAAAGGAGGGACCAGAACUCGACAACAACCAGAGUACCCCGGCUCUCGCAACGGAAGCGACUGCAAGACCCCUCGAAGCUGAGCCGUCCGCCUCAGCCAGACCCAAACCCCGCAGCAAGUCCACGAACUGGCCCUUCAAAAGUGCUGAGGAGAGAAGACUGUACGAAGAAUAUUGGGUUGAUCUCUGGGGUGCUACGGCCGCCGUAAUUCAGCCCAACCGGAGAAACGCGCGAGCUGAAGCGAGGAGUGCACCAAAAGGGAAAGCUGCAGAAGACUCCGUUGAUGUUUCCGGGGCAGAGGGGGCGACAAGAGAGACCGAUGCAUCCAACAGGUCGAGGAAGACGGGCAAGGCAGCGGGCUGUCGGAGGGACUCGAAGGAAGAGGACGAGUACAGCGGGGACGACGAGGACGGUCCAGGGCUGUUUUCAUUCAUGCGUUGGCAAAGGAACUUCCAGGAAGAAGGCCUUCGACGAAGAGCAGAAGCGGAAGGGGCGAGCGCACGGCUUCUUGAGAAGGCCGUAAGCGCAACCCAGGAGCUUGGGCACACAAUCAAGACGGCGACGGCCCAAGGAAACGCGCUGCAGAUCACGACCCUCGCGAGCUUGACUGGCCGUUCGCCACAAGAGAUGGCACUUGGCAUGUCCGAUCCGUCCUCUUUAUUUAUGGGACAGUUCAACCAUCAGCAAUCAAACACGAAUGCUCCUUCCACCCAACAGGCUCCUCAGGGGCCGUCAAACGACACUGUUUAA